AGGAGAGUCGACGGACGAACGCAGCGCCACUCCGACAGUCAAGCAAGAGCUGCUCCCCAGGCGGUGUGGAGGUGAUGAUGGCGGCGGCUGUGGAGAGAGGAGGCGUUCGGGCCGCUUUCCUGAACCCGAGCGGCGGCGGCGGCGGCAGCGGCAGCGGCCCUGCCCCGACCAGCCUUCCUAGCGGAGCGGCCGCCGGCUCCGCGCUCCUGGGCUCGGGGGCAGGCACCAUGCCCGUGCCUAUGAACCUCUUCGCUACGUGGGAGAUCGACCGAUCGUCGCCCAGCUGUGUUCCGAGGCUUUGCAGUCUCACUUUGAAGAAGCUGAUUGUCCUCAAAGAACUUGAUAAAGAACUCAACUCCCUGUCAAUAGCCGUCAAAAUACAGGGUUCCAAACGGCUCCUUAGAUCAAAUGAGUACAUCCUUCCUCCCAGCGGCCUGAUGGAGACCGAUCUAGAGCUCACCUUCUCAUUACAGUACCCACAUUUUCUGAAGAGAGAUGCCAACAGACUCCAGAUCAUGUUGCAGAGGAGAAAACGCUACAAGAACCGGACCAUCCUGGGCUACAAGACUUUGGCUGUGGGAGUUAUCAACAUGGCAGAGGUGAUGCAACACCCGACAGACGGCGGACAGAUUCUGGGUCUCCAUAGCAACGUGAAGGAGGCGCCAGUGCGUGUGGCGGAGAUAAGUGUGUACUCUCUGUCUAGCCAGCCCAUCGACCACGAGGAUGGUAGUGGCCAGGCUGGACGCAAGACCAAGGCCUCAGACCGCUCACCAGACAUGGAUAACUACUCUGAGGAGGACGAUGACAGCUACUCAUCAGAACAGGAAGCCAGUGAUGACGCCGUGCACGGCCAGGAUCUCUAUGAUGAGGACGACGAAGUCAGGAAACCGAAGAAAGCCCGUCGGAAAAUGAUCCGGACCACUUCAAUGACCAGGCAACCGAACUUCAAGCAGAAGUUUGUGGCCUUGUUGAAGAGGUUCAAGGUUACAGAUGAGGUCCUGGACUCUGACCCAGUUGACCAGACCCAAGAAGUUGAGGAGGAUCUGGAUUUGCUCUAUGACAGUCUGGAGGUCUAUAAUCAGAGUGACAGCGGGCCAGAGAUGGAGGACAAUGAGAGUGUCCUCAGCACACCCAAGCCGAAACUUAAGCCGUUUUUUGAAGGGAUGUCUCACUCCAGUUCCCAGACAGAGAUCGGAAGCCUUCACAGUCAAAGGAGCCAACAGAGAGAGCUGUCAUGUCCAAGCGGCGAGUUCUUAUCCGUGGACAGAUGUAAAAUGCAAGGGGCCAGGUAUCAGGAUGACAGCGUCCCAGAAACAACUGUUGGGGAGACGGAGCCUGAGGAUGGAGGCCCGGGGACAGCAGAGGUGAGUGGCAGCUGGGAUGUCAGCACCGAACGGCUGGCCGGCACUGUCGGCAAGCUCUGCAAGACGGAGUCCCAAAACCACAUGUCCCCAAGUAAAGUGGAGAACAAGCUCCAGAGGCGGCCUCGAAGCACUUCCAUGAAGGACAGACAGAACUCCAAGGCCCAGAGCGACAGGACCAGCAGCAUGGAAAGUGAAUGCUCCCCAGACUCACGGCUCAUAGCGCAGCGCUCCAGUUUUCAGACAGAGAUGCGCAGGUUGGUGCCAUUCUCUGACUCUCUGGUUUUGACUGGCUCCCAGGUUCCUAGGAAGUCGGUGUACGACCAGCUAAACCAGAUACUCAUCUCCGAUGAGCGCCUCCCAGAGAGCAUUAUCCUCAUUAACACCAUGGAAUGGCAAGGACAGUACGUAGCAGAGCUGCUGCACGAGCAGGGCCAGCCCAUUGUCUCCACCUGCUCUGCUGCUGAUGUUCAGGCUGCCUUCAACACGAUUGUCACCCGUAUCCAGAGAUUCUGUAACUGCAAUGCACAGACGCCACCUACAAUCAAGGUGGCCAUAGCAGGAGAUCAGAGCUACCUCAGCACCAUCCUGAGGUUCUUUGUGGAGCAGUUGGCCAACAAGACCCCAGACUGGCUGAGCUACAUACGCUUCCUGAUCAUCCCCAUUGGUUCUCAUCCCCUGGCCAAGUACGUGGCCUCCUUCGACAGCAGAUUCAACAGCAUCUUUAUGGACACGGCAUGGAGGGAGCUGUUCUGCAGGUCAGAACGGCCCACCUCAGAUAACAUCGAUGUAGCAGGGCGGGUUGUCCAAUACCUGGCCGGAGCCAACGUGUCUCACCAGUUCCCCAUCUCAGAAGCCAUGCUCACCUACAAACAGAAGAGCCCCGAUGAAGACUCCUGUCAGAAGUUUGUGCCAUUUAUUGGGGUUGUGAAGGUUGGCAUUGUGGAGCACAGUCUGUCAACCUCAGUGGACUCGGAUGACGCCAUGGUGGGCAGCACCAGCAUCCUGUCCUCCCCGACGCCCCCGUCGGCUGGUCCGUACGGGAAGGAGAUCGGGAGCACGCCUCCUCAGUCUCCCUCUGUCUCCACCGCUGUCUCUGGAGCUGGUUCUCCAUGUUCAGGCGGAGAGGUGAUGGGGCUGCAGGUGGACUACUGGACGUGGCAGGGCCCGGAGAAGAAGAAGGAAGGAGAGAAGAGGGAUGUGGGGCUGAAGAACACGCUCAAGAGCAACUUCCGCUCGCUGCAAGUCAGCCGCCUGCCGUGUGGCGGAGAGCUCACCCCUCCGCCCAGCAUGGCCAUGACCGUCGUCACGAAGGAGAAGAACAAGAAAGUGAUUUUUCUCAGCAAGAAGCCCAAGGAAAAAGAGCUGGACUCUAAGAGCCAAGUAAUUGAUGGUAUCAGCAGGUUGAUCUGUACUGCCAAGCAUCAGCACACGAUGCUGAGAGUGUCCAUUGACGGCGUGGAGUGGAACGAUGUCAAGUUUUUCCAGCUGGCUGCCCAGUGGCCGACCCACGUCAAGCACUUCCCAGUGGGAAUCUUUGGUUACACCAAGCCCAUGUGACCCCGGCCACCGACCGCUACCAGACUCUCCCUGCACUUGUCUCACAGAGGGGCCUAGGCGAAAUGGAGGAAACGCCAACGAGCCCUGGCAGUGAUAGUUUUCCUGUGGAAACCUUAACUGACUUGUAACCACGUGUUCAAGAUACACAGAACAAAUUUCAUGUUGUCAAUUUGAUGUUUUGAUGUUGUCGUUUUUUGUUUUUGUUUUUUACUACACACUACAAAAAAAGAACAAGUACUAUUUUGUAAGAUAUGUUGCUGCCACCUCACAAGUAUUCCGAGGGUUAUUGACAAUUUGCCACAUUUUGACAUUGGCAGCUGUGUUUGCACUUUGAUUUUUGUUAACAUUUUAUUAUUUCUGUGAAAUCCUAUGUUUAUUGUUACUCUAUAGACAAUGCAGGAGUGUGAUGGUGAUGUGCAGUGGUGUGUAUGUGUGCGUGUGUGAGAUUGUUUGAGACGGUGUUUGUGUUUGUUAUUGAAAGUGGGAAUAUUGCUGUGAAUUUAGAUGGAAAACUUCCCUUCUAACUCAGUGUUCUGUUUUCUUACUAGUCCCGCUCGUGUAUUUUUCACACAAAAAAAGGUAACUUUUUUUUUUUUGUUGCAAGGAACAUGUGAUGUUCUUUCUGCCUUGUUGCUCUGAAGCACAAUGUGUACCUGAAGCAAAUCAAAAAAAGAAAAAUAUAAGCAAGGUAUUUUGGAAGGUAGCUAUUAUGAAUGUAGCUAUAAUGCAUUUUUAACACAUGUAAACAGCUCGUCGAAUCAAACCUUUAUCCGUUCAUGUCAAGUGCUUCUGUUUGUACAGGUGUGUUGGUGUCGGUUAUACGUUCAUUAUCGACGGCUCGAGGCCCGCAAAGUUUCAGCCACUUUUAAAACAGGGUCAUCCGAUAUAUAAGGCGAUGUAUUUAAACUCUUACAGCUGAAUGCCAAAUGUAUGAAUCCCUUUAUUUUGGGACUUGGUCAUGUUGAUUCAAGGCCCUGAUGUUUUCUUCUGCGUUUUUCCCUCCAGUUGAUUCUGAAUUGCCGUUAUUUGAGUAAUCUGGACCCUGACCGGGAUAAUUUGAGGUUCUUCGCUCCACGUUGAGAAAACGUGGCCGGCUCGUGUUCAGUCCCAGAGGUGGUCCCUGGGGUAUUUUGGCUUAACUGUAAGUGCAUCUCCCCCCGUUUCACAAACUUGGUCAGGUGAAAGAGAUCCAGCAGGGCUCUGCGUCAGACCUGAUGGGUCGUCGUGCCAAAGUCAAGUUAGCUUCACAGUCCAGCUACCGGAGUGCUGCGCUCCACCUGCUAAACAAAGAACAUCUGCCCACACGUAGAACGCUUGUUAUCCCUGUUGAGACCAGUGUCGGGGGGGGGGGGGGGGGCCAACUAUUCACAGGCUUCCUGUGUGGGAAGUCGUUUAUAUUUUGGCUCAAAGUGAAACGUGCGCAUCCUAAACAAUAUGUUAUUAUUAUUAAUAUUAUUGUGUCCUGUUAUAUAGCUGCCUCGUUGUGGGGGAAAAUGCACAAAUAGUCUAUAUAACCUUUCAUGUACUCUAACCAGACAAGUUACCCACCCAGUGUUGCGUAGGCCCGUUUUUGUACAGACAACUUGAAGUGUGCGUUGGCAGGAAUGUCGAGCGCAGUACAGUUCUAGCAGUUUGUUUUGAAAGAAACACUAUUUGAUGAAAGAAAUGUUCGGAGUGUUGGCCGAUGUCCACGUCACUGCCCGUGUGUGUGUGUGUGUGUGUGUGUGUGUGUGCGUGUGCAUCUGUGUGUGUGUAUGAAUGUGGUAAUUGCUGUCUGAAGGUACUCCCUGAAUAGUAUUUUUUAGGCAAACUUUUUGCGACAGGAAACCUUAAGACAGAGGACUUCCUGUUGAAAUCAGUUACUUGUUUGUUGCUUUUUAUAAAGUGAAGACUUAUGAGCUUUGACCGGCUUGCUUUUAUAGUGUUGUACAUAACGAUUCGAGAUGUUACUGUUGUGAAACGCGACCCCCCCCCCCACGAAACCGAAAGCACAAACAUUCAAGGUUUGUUUCUCACUCUUAAUGCCAAAUUUCCAUAACUUGUGACUGCGUUGUUCGAUUUUUACGAUUCAAACACUACCAUGUGUAAUUUCUCAUCUCUUCCACUGUGUAAUGCACUUUCUUAUGGUUUUUACAUCCUUCGGCUCUAUUUAGGACACACUUUGGUUUUGAAGUGGAGUGUUAGAAUCUAUGUUUGAGAUAUUAACCACUACCUGUAGUCAUAAGGUGGCUUUUUGUUUAGUUGUAACAUGACCUUUUGAGUGGGAACGUCAUGUUUGUGUUGGGAUUAAGCGCCUUUGGAGGUCUCGGACUGACGGCUGUGUCAUUUCUUUUGUCACCGCGUGCGGCAAAUGUUUAUUCACCAUCUAUCACCGUAUGUGUCUGCUGUCAUUGUUAGCUUUGUUUUUGGAGUUCUUGCUCUCUUCCUCUGUACCGAGAUGACCUGGCCCUCGUACACGUGUGAAUCUGGGCUGUGAAGUGCUAGCCAGGGUGGAACUACGUUUGGAGAGGACUUUCACGUGUUUGCCCUUUCAAUACUAUAAGGGCAUAAGUGGUUACAUGUAUUUCAGUGUAUUUGACCUCAGUUUGUUUUUUGUUUUUUUUGUUUUUUUUUGCCCUAGAUCUAGUGGUAGCAUGGGGGUGUUUUCCGUAAGACUGGAUCAAUGAGGUAGUUGGCUAACUUCACAAAAUAUUCUUCAGAUUUAAACAUGGCACUCCAGAAAGUUAGCUGCUUUAUGUACAUUACACAGAUUGUUCCCACAGCGGUCUCCCUCCGAGUAGGGCUGCACAAUUAAUCGAAUAUUAGUCACGAUUCUGGCUUCCCACAAUUAAACGAACACGAUCGACUGCGAUGUUGGCGUUUAAAAUGCGUGCUCCGCUCAUGGAACGCUCCACUGUAUACUAACUGCCUGACCAAUCACGGCUGUUGCCUUUAAGUGCCAACCCUGCAGCGGCAGCCAGUGCAAAAAUGUUCUGGUUGUGGCAGCGGCAGCCCGGAGUAGACAAGUAAGGGCAAAACGAAUAUCAAAUGUCUGGAGCAGAAAGCAGGGCAGCACGGUAGCGCAGUGGUUGCCUCACAGCAAGAAGGUCCUGGGUUCGAGCCCCAGGAUAGUCCAACCUUGGGGGGUCGUCCCAGGUCGUCCUCUGUGUGGAGUUUGCAUGUUCUCCCCAUGUCUGCGUGGGUUUCCUCCCACAGUCCAAAGACAUGUAUGUCAGGUGAAUCGGCCGUACUAAGUUGUCCCUAGUUAUGAAUGUGCGUGCGUGUGUGUCAGUCCUGUGAUGGCCUGGCGGCCUGUCCAGGGUGUCUCCCCGCCUGCCGCCCAAUGACUGCUGGGAUAGGCUCCAGCAUCCCCACGACCCUGAGAGCAGGAUAAGCGGUUCGGAUAAUGGAUGGAUGGAACAGAAAGCGACGCACUACUCCCUUGAAACGGAUCAUCAUCCCUUGUUUGGAAAUAUUCAGGGCAAGCGAUGUCAACCAAGACCAAAGUGCCGUAGAAUUGUGUGCACGCCACAAAGCAACACAACUAACCUUUUCAACCACCUGAAAAAACACCACAAACUGCAGUAGGAAGAAUGCAUGAAGGCCAAGAAGAAUAACAUUGCUAGCAUUAGCUCACUGAAUCACCGUCCUUGUCCAACGUCAACUCAAACAUCCAUAACAGCAACCCUCUACAACGAGUCACCGUAUCCAUCCAGCUCCCACAGACAGAUUGAAAUAACCAAUGCAGUCGCAUCCCAUUUGGCCAAAGACACGUGUCCAAUAAACACCGUGAGCAAUGAAGGCAUCAGGAAAAUGGUCAACACACUGGACAACAGAUAUGUGAUCCCCUCACGCAAUUGUUUUUCCAAGUGGCAUUACUUGCGCUGUAUGCAAAGCAUCAAGGGGAAAUGGAGAGGGAUGUCACAGCUGUCGAGUACUUUGCGACUACCACUGACCUAUGGUCAAGCAGAACCAGGGAGCCAUACUUGAGCCUGACAAUUCAUUUCAUCAACAGCGAUUUUAAAAUGAAUAGUCGAUGCUUGCAAACGUCAUCUUUCCCACGAGACCUCACAGGAGAAUUAUUUUAAAAGAAAAUAUGUUUCGUCCCUAAAGUCAAGGAAUAAUCGUAAUAAAUAACCGUGAUCUCAAUAUUGAUCAAAAUAAUCGUGAUUAUCAUUUUGGCCAUAAUCGUGCAGCCCUGCCUCCGAGGGUUUCCAACACGCCGCCUCAUUGAUCCGGUUCCUGGAAAUGCCACCCGGUGUCUUUGCACAAACCCUAUUUUAAAUGACAUGACAGUAUUUUUAAAUUUACCACUAAAAAUAUUGGUUACUCUUGCAUGUUUUACUAUAGGUGUAAAUAUGUUUUGGAUUUUUAUAUUUUGUUUCUUUCCAUGCUCUCACAAGCAGUUGUGUUUAAUAAAAAUUUUUAAUCUUGUGUACAAACAGC